CCUUGACCCCUCCCCGAUCUCCCUCUCUUCAACGGCUCAUCGGAGCAACAAUUGCAGUUCCCUGCUGCCCUCAAACGACGACGAUCACUUUGUCGAGCACAAACCCUUCUCUCAGCUAUGUGGUGUGUGCGGUCGUGCGUCUAAGCGCCGUGCAACGCGGCAAAGCAUCGUAUACUUACAUACUUGCCUCUUCUCUGCACGCCGACGGUAUCCGUCAUGCAGUCCUUGUUGGAUCCAUGUUCCCUUUGUCCCAGAUGAGGCACCACGUCGUGCAGCUUCGCUUCCGUCCCGUCUGUCCAGGGGCGUCUGUCGUCGGUUGUUACUGUGUCCGUCCGGCAGAACCAGCCUCGGUCAGUUUCUGACAGGUGCAGGUGCACUGCAAGCGGAGAUCGGGACUAUUACUGCCUACGUAUGUACUUCCUUACUCCAUUUCAAGCAAGGUACUACUGUCUCGCUUGGAGCUCGCGAUCAAGGAUGCAGAAAGACUGUAUUGCGGUGCAAUAUUCAAGACACGCAAAACGCAGCUGCAUACAGAGUUCCAGGUUCCGGAUCCGCCGCGGGGAACUGAACUCACAUGCUUUCUCUCUCGUAAACAGAUUGCAACACCAAAUUUUACGGGCAAUCUGCUCCAACCGCCGUCGAUUCCCACUGGCCAAAGUCCAAACCCACAUGCGCAGGUCGGACCACACGGAACGGGGAGUUCUGCAGUCUCUGUCCUCAUGCUUGCUCGAGUCUCCGUCUUGAACCCCUUCACGAUGACGAGAGCUACGGUAGCAAUGACUGUCAACGUUAAGAUGUUGAUUUUUAGAAACGCCAGCGGCUACGCCCCACGUCGAGCAAAAUUGUCCCGUCUCUGGCUAUCUUCAGGACGUGGUUCUCGCCUAGAGAUUGAUUAUGGAGACGAUGAUGGUGGUUGCAUCUUGGACCGCCAAUGGUUUUCCAUGCCUUCACACCUCUUUCUUUCAUCUGAAGAGAUUAUGACGGUACCAGCUAGUUGUCCUUUGUCUUCUCGUCCCCCAUCCUCAGGACAGAGAAAGCUGCCCCAAGUGGUUACAUUUCAACAUGCCAACCGGUCCGUCACAUAUUUUCGGCGGACGGCAUGCUUAGUAUCUUCUACGCUUCUGUCAAGAUAUACUGAGCAAGGCCGUACCCUGGACACAGGUAUCAUCUCCCCUUAUCUACCCCCCGGUUUGUAUUGCU